AGAAACACAAGCAACGAAAUUUUCACAACAUUGGCCUACUCGCAUUUAUAUACCCCAUUCUCCAACGUUCUUUCAUUCAAAAUCUAUGACGUACACCUAAAAACGAACUUUUCCCUUUUUGCCUAUUUGGGUUUUUUCCUCCCAAGAAUUUGGGUUUUGUUUUUGGUCAAAAGAAACAAAAUCAACAUGAAAAUUAUAGAAAGAAUGAGAGGUGUUAAUGGUAGAUUUUGUGAGGAAUUUACACCUGGGUAUUAUGGCCUUUGCACUCUUGGCGGAAUGCUUAGUGCUGGAACUACGCAUUUACUUAUUACUCCUCUUGAUGUUCUCAAAGUUAAUAUGCAGGUGAAUCCCAUCAAAUAUGCAAGCAUUUCAUCUGGUUUCUCCACAAUAUGGAGUGAACAUGGUGCGUCUGGCCUUUGGAGAGGCUGGUCAGGGAAGUUCUUUGGAUAUGGGAUUCAGGGUGGUUGCAAGUUUGGUUUAUACGAGUACUUUAAGAAACAAUACUCUGAUAUGUUGGUAGGGCACAGCAAGAGCAUGAUAUUCUUUCUGAGUAGUGCAUCUGCUCAAGUAUUUGCCGAUGUAGCUCUAUGCCCUUUCGAAUCUAUUAAAGUCCGCGUGCAAACUCAAUCGGACUUUGGCAAGGGUUUAGUUGAUGGAUUUCCUAAAGUGUACAGAGCUGAAGGCUUCUCUGGAUUUUACAAGGGCCUUGUUCCACUUUGGGGACGUAAUCUUCCAUUUUCCAUGGUAAUGUUUUCAACAUUUGAGCAUUCAGUCGAUUUCAUAUAUCGUGAUAUCAUUCAGCAAAGCAAGGAAGACUGCACGAGGCUCCAACAGCUAGGAGUGACAUGCUUGGCAGGAUACGCUGCUGGAGCUGUUGGCACGUUGGUAUCAAAUCCCGCUGAUGUUAUUAUGUCCUCACUUUUCAACAAAAAGGUUGACUCUGUGAUUCAGGUUAUGAAGAAAAUAGGGUUCAUCAAUCUCUUCACCAGGAGUUUACCUGUUCGAAUUGCAUUGGUGGGGCCCGUUGUGACUACGCAGUGGUUUCUAUAUGAUACCAUUAAAGUUCUAAGCGGACUGCCUACAAGUGGAGGACUUCCCAAGCAAGUUCAAGACUCGAUUUCUGCGGGUUAAUCUCAGCAGGCUUCUUGCAAAGUUUUAGCAUAGCAUACUCAGACAGUUCCUUCAUUAGUUUCUUCGGUCCAUACGAAACAGAAGAGAGUACUGUACAGGUUACAUAAAGCUGUUCUUCAAUUUUUAGGUAUCAACUUCUUAGUACUCAUCAUUGAUAGAAAUCGCGGUGCAAGUUACACUGCUACAUUCAUUUAUGUAUCUAGGUGGGUGCACACCCUUUUAGUAACAAAAACUAAUUUGUAUUCAUAUUGUAUCUACACUUAGAAUAUGUCACCUCUCUGUCUCUUUGAAUUUGCUACUGUAUAUCUAAAAGGCGCUUACUUCAGUUCAGGGGCGAAUCCAACAGAAUACCGCGCUCACUUUAUGUGUAACUCUUAUCUCUUGAUAUUGUUAUUAUUUAAGUAGUAUAUAUAAAUUUCAAUUCACAACUUGGAAAAUUAAUCUGGCAAUAUGAAAACUCGUCGAAAUGGAUUAUAGAAUUAAAAACAUUGUAUUUGUCAUGAUAAGUUGGAUCUGCCAUUGCUUCAAUAUGCAGCAAUUUCUAAGAGACACUGUUGAACACAGGUACUAUUGUUUGAGUACAAAUAUUGGGCAUACAUGUACCCAAUUACCAGAUCUGCAGGCACAAAAUUUGUGGUUGGUGUAGCAGGUCAAGUUGCUAGUGGGACCAUGUUGUUUAAAAGUCAUUUUUGUAAAGCUUGGAAUCUUGGGAGGAAGGAACAACAUCAAAAUUUAAAUAAAUAAGUAAAAAUAUAUAAAAAAUUCACAUUAUAGUUAACUUUUUAAAUUAUUUUUUAAGAUGUAGUUUUUUUUCAGAUCCGAGGUUUAGCAUAUUCGCACUUAGUAAUAGUUAAUAUUUAAUAAAUGCCACGGGUUUAAAAAAAGGCUAAGGGUAUAUUCACUGUUACAACAGGGAAGAAAGUUAAAACUUGAGCCUAUUCACUUUACUAACAGAGAA